ACCCACAAAGGGGUUUUAGCACUGUUUUUGCCAUUUGUUAGUUGGUCCUUGGUUGGUUGGUUUCUCCCAAACCCAGAGGUUUUAUAUAAUUUCUCUCUUCCUUUUUAUUUUUCCUUUAAUUGGAAAAGAAAAAAGAAAAAGAAAAAUAACAAAUAACUAAAUUCCUGUCCACAAACCAUUUUUUUUUUUCAUUUUUCAUUUUUAUUAAUACAGGAGUAAUUUAUUUGCGUGACGUAAAUUCGAAUUCCUGGUUAAGAAUUUAAUUUGUAUGGAAAAAAACUUUGGAAAAUUAGAAACACAAGCCUAGAUUUCUCUGCGGAAUUGGAUCGAUCCAUCAGAAAAGCUUUGUGAAUGGAGAAUUGGAAAUUACAAGGACCGUAGAAAUUCAAGCCUUGUUACUUGUUUGAUUCAAUUGUCGUAUUUUUCGCAUACUUCUUUAUCACGUGAUCAGAUGAAGCUGUACUACCUACCCUCUCUUGCCUUUGAUCUAAACCCGAUUAUCGACAAUGGCAUUAAUUUUGUGGGAUGUUGUGUGCAUUGAUAUGUGACUUCUGUUAUUUUUGCAAUCUUGGUUAUGGAUCUCACUUCUUAAUGAUUGGGUGACGUUUCAACACUAUUGCAUUUGAUGAUCUCAUAUUGGUAUGCUACUUAAGAUAUGGUGUCAAAGAAAAGGCUGGAUACUGGACUCGAUGGCUACCGGGCCCCCUUUAUUCCCAAAGCUCCUAGAUCAAUUAGGAGGAGGGGCCCGCUCAAGAAACUGGUGGUGGAACACGGUGAACUUUGUGCCUUUGAAUUACUUGCAGCUGUAGCCGGAAAGUUAUUACAAGAGAGUGAAAGCUCUGCUUCUAGUAACAUAGCCGAAGGGAAAUCCCCCCUCGACAUUUUCCCAGAUGAAAAUGAGAGGGUGCAGCCUAAAGAAGACAAUAAAGCUUUGAAAUCGGAGAGCUUCGACCAUGGAAGUUUCGCCGAGAGUGCAUUUGUUCCAGAAGUUUCCGUCCAGGAGCACAAUCUCUUGUCCAAUUUUAAGGGACUCCCACAAGAAGUGAAUGACUAUGUUGUCGAACAUACUAAUGUACAUGCAAGUUCUGAUUUUCUAGAGAAAAUCGAUUGUGAUAUAAAGCUAGGAAUCUGCGAGGACAAGAUUUCGGAGAACGGUUCGGAAAUGCAAUUGAAGGAUGAAAAGAACGAGAUAAGUUACUUAUCCAUGGCUAACAUAUCGACUGUAAAUGAUCCAGUCGGUGAAUGUGUGAAUACUAAUAAUGUACUGAUUAACUCGGAGGGUAGUGUAAAGUUGCCCUUGUACAGAGACCCCAUUUCUGGUGCUUUAUUGCGAAAGCACCGAAAUAAUGUAAAGUUAGGGAUUAGAGAUGAUGACGAAAAUUCUUUCGGGUGCAACAAAUCCAGCACCAAGGUUAGGGCCUUUAGGCCACAACUACGAACUGGGCACAAUAGAAUAAGGAAGAUGAUGACAUCCAAGUACUGGAAGUCGGCUCCCAAACUGAGGGAUUGUGAUCUUUACAACACUAGUGAGGGGAUGAAGUCUUAUUACCGGUAUAGGAAGAACAUUUAUGCACGAGAAAGAUGUCAACGAGCACCUCUUAAGAAACGCAAACUAUAUGACCAUGACCGAAGCAGUGAUAGUAUCUCUAAUUUGCCUGAGAAAGUGGCGAGGGCAGAUAAGAGUGGUGCCGCUUCAUUCUUGCAUAAAGCUAAUGGAGCUUCAGUCACCGGGAAAGGUCAUUCAAAAGCUAAGGAUUCUUCUCAUGUGAAAUUUAGCAUCAAGUCCUUCAAGGUGCCAGAACUUUACAUCGAGGUCCCUGAAACUGCAACCGUGGGUUCUCUGAAGAAAACUGUGAUGGAGACAGUCACUGCUAUUCUAGGAGGUGGAAUACGAGUAGGAGUAGUCUUUCAAGGGAAGAAAGUCAAAGAUGACCUUGGAACUUUAAAGCAGGCCGGUAUUUCUCAGUGCAGUAAUCUCGAUAGUCUCGGCUUUACAUUGGAGCGCAGUUUCAAACAUGUUUCCCCUUCAACGACCCCCAAAAAAAUUCCUAUUGCAGAUCAGCCCUUGCCAAUGUCUCCUGCAACUCCAAUGAUCGAUUCAGGGCUAUCAGAUGCCUCAGUUGAUCCGCCGCUUGUUGCUAAGAUAGACGAUGUGGAUAGUAAAGAAUUUAUAUUCUCUCCAAGUACACCUGUCGAUGUACUAUUGGAUGGAGAAGCCACCGAGUCCAAGGCAUUGGUUCCAGUGAGUCCGAUGAAUGUUGACCCACUUGCUGUUGUUCCGUCCAACCAUAAACCAAAACGCUCUGAGCUGUCACAGCGUAGAACUAGGAGGCCCUUCUCUGUGGGAGAAGUCGAAGCACUGGUUGAAGCUGUUGAAACCCUUGGAACUGGAAGGUGGCGUGAUGUGAAAAUGCGUGCUUUUGAAAAUGCAGAUCAUAGAACUUACGUCGACUUGAAGGAUAAGUGGAAGACUUUAGUACAUACAGCUAGCAUUUCUCCACAGCAAAGAAGGGGAGAGCCUGUGCCACAGGAUCUUUUGGACCGUGUUCUAUCCGCGCAUUCUUAUUGGUCGCAGCAUCAGUCGAAACUACACGUGAAGCACCAGAUCGAGCCUCUCAAAAUCGGGGAUUCACGAGAGGAGGAGAUUGUUGGAGUUUGAAAAGGGUGGUCGGGGAUUAUUAAUUUCUUUUUUUUUUUUUUUUUUCUUUUGGAAAUUUCUGAUGAUUUGUUGAAUUUGUAAAAAGAAUUUACUGUUGUUACUGUAGGAACAAGCUGUAAAAAUGUGUCUGUUGGAGUUGUUGGUUUAGCAUGAUGUUUCUUACACUCACUGAUUUGUUGUUGUUGCGUCGUAAUUUUUACUCAGCUUAGACUUGCCGUUUUGUAAAUGAUUGGUGGAAUAAAGGCCUUUUUUCUUUUUCGUAAUUCUAAUUU